AUGCUGCACUUGUUACUGAUACUCUUGCAUUUGUUCUACUCCAGUGCUGUGCACGCAGAGACCCAACCUUCUAAUGUCACCAUCAUAGAACCGAUCUUCAUCCGGCGUUGCCCAUUCCAGGUUAAUGUCUCCCUAGCAACCGAUCUCUCCUCAUUGGAUAUCGCAUUUUUGACGAAGAGUGCCAACCCAGGCCCUCCCCCAUUAGGUGUCUACCGGUGCUAUGUCCGUGUUCAGAUCGCCUUCGACAAGACAGUUUACACCUACACGAUUAAUGAGGUAGAAUACGUCCCGGAGAAUGCGAGUACGACAGCGGACCUAUAUACUCAAUUUGCACCGGUAACGCUCUCUUCCGCAUCUAGUGCGCAGGCUGCUAAAAAUACAACCCUCUUUUUAAUGAGAACGAGGUUGGUCGCCUACAAUGGAGGUCUCGUAGAUAUAAACGUUAUUAGUUCAUGGACAAGUUUUGCAUUCAAUACGACAAUUGCAGGAGCGUCGACGUUGAUGGUUUACCGAGUUGGCCUAAGAGUUGCACCUUUCCGAACAGAACAGUAUAACAGUAGUGGGUACAGACAGGGCUUCCAACAAGGCGUAGUACUGUACGAUUGGGCGAUUUUAAGGCCUGUACGGGAAUCCACUCAGAGGCAUAUGGGAGCCUUGUACGAAGGAUAUCAGAAAACUACCGAGCUAGCUAAGGGGAGAGUCAUGGUCGGGGCCGAUACGGGGACCCUUCGGAUAGAAUCGUUACAAAGGCCUGCAAGGCGGCAAAAAGCGUAG